GAAACGGUCAGCAGCAGCUGGAAUGCCGCCAAUUUGGCCCUGAAUGCAAGAAUCACCAUCUACCCCCUUAUUAGCUGAGAAAAAGCACUCUGGUGCAACCUCUUGACAAUUUCUUCCACCUUGAGAUCUUCCAUGACGUCGGUGACUUGGGUUCUAAAAGGUAUCCUUCCACAGCCGCUGACUGUAGUAUCCGCGGAUCGCCUCUUUGCAACUCACUACAACUCACUACAACUCACUACGUCACUGACGACACUCUACCCUCGAUUUGACUUCCGGACAACCCAUCCAUCCAGAGUUUCUCAGUGCUGGCCCCCUCUUUACUUCUCUGAUCCCAUCAUUGCUAUUCUUAUUCUCUCUCUCUCUCUCUCUCUUCUUCUUUCUCUCUUUCUCUUGGGAAUGCCGGUCUACGCUGCGACGUCUCUUUAUCUUCAUCACGCGGUAGACAUUAUCUUAUCAUGGCAACAGUCGAGCAACAGCCUGCAGUUGAGCAGCGCAUCCCGCGCUCCCGGUCCGCCCGGCUAGCAGAUCAAGCUGCGACAGCCGCGCUCUACGUGACCCAUCCGGAGCGGAGUCUAUCCCUACGCGAACCUGCAACUGCGGAACCUAGUUUGGAAACCCUGAAAGAGACAGGAUCUCGACCUGGAUUUAGCCAUGCAUCGGCACUUGCUGCGCUCGCGCAUGCAAGGAAGCGGGAGCUUGGAUCCAAACAGACUGCAUCCGAAGUGCAGGCUGCUGAGGUACCAAGCUAUGAAGGAUACCAGGCUGCUAUCUGUGCCCUCAGGGACUACAGAACCGCCACCGUUCCUCCCCCCGUUUCUACCUCUCCAAAGCAGGAUAUUGGUACAGGUCAGACGCUGGAAGCGCGUUCCGAGGUUUCCCAGAGGGCUAGGGCCGUAUCCGCUGCCUCAGGAGCCUAUUAUGGUAGUAGAAUGAGAGCGGAUUCAGCGCCAUCCCAAGUAGCACGUACUGGUCUGGGUGUUGCUGCGGGUGCAGGAGAUCCCUUUGCAGAUUUGGAUAAGUAUAUGAACGCGAGCAGGAUACAAAACAUGGCCCAGGCCAACGCUAAACUCUAUACUGCAACACCGCCUGUUCCGCUUGAGGUGAAAGAGCAUCGACGGAAAAGCAUCCUGGAAGCCGCCGCCAUGUCAAUGGCGCGGGAUAUGUAUGGAACCAUGGAAGCUAAAGAAGGGGGAUCAGCUGGUAUUGCUGCUGCCCAAAGAGGUCAUGCGCGUGCUCGCUCUCAACGAUCCGUACCGAAACCGGAUGCUGCAUUAGUACAGCAGGUUGUGAGCAUCCAGGACAUUGCACAGAAGCGCGCCGCAGAGAAAAUCGCAAGCCUGGAGGACGAAACAGCUAUUUACCGGGAAUACUACGGUAUUGAGCCUCAACCGACGCGGUCCACUUUGUCCACUCGCAAACGGCGGGGGUCCAACGAAACCGAAACAUCCACGUUUGACAUGGAACGGUCAAAGGAGAUUCGAACUCAGAUGUCGACUCUGCGAUCCAAGCUCAACGCGGUAGAUGAACAGAGGGAGAAAGACCGUGAUAAUUUGUUACAGGUUGCGAGAAAGAAUGUCGACGCUGCUCUUAGGGAUAUGGAAAUGCGCGUUUAUGCUGAAACCGGCCGCGCUCCUCUCUCAAUGCAAAAGGAUCUGGAGGAGACAGCAAUGUUGCGUGCGUUACAGGGCAAGAAGGAGAUUGAUGCACAGUAUCCUAUGACAGACAAAAUUAAUAUUGGUUCCCAGAAAUACGUGGACAUGGAUGAUGUCGAGGCACUUGCACGCGCUCGACUCCAGCCUACUUUCAAUGAAAUCGCCGAUCUCGCAGAUGCGCAGAGAGCUAAAGAUUUGGAAGACCGCCUUGAUGAGGAACGGAGGCAGCGACUUGAGCAGACUGAACUCGAACGGGAAGCCGAUAUCAGGAUGGAGGAGAAGCGACACAAAAUGUUCUUGAAGCAGGACAUGAAGUCAAAAGAGGAGAAAGUUUGGCUUUGGCGAAGAAAGUCAAAGAAGGCACCGGCUUAUGAGCCCGCAUUUCCCAAAGAUGUCAAGGGACACGAAGUUAACGGAGUGACAAGGCCUUCAGAGUCUGCAGCACAGGACGCCGGUCAGUACGAAACCGCCGAAGGUGACCAUGUUGUGGCCUCUGGCGCUGUUCCUGAGGAACCUCAAUUGGAGCCUGCCACGAGACAAGAAUCGAAAUUUAGGUCCUGGUUUAGUAAAUUACGUCGUGGUAGUACCAAUGAAGCCGAGGUUUCGAAGGAGGUCAACGGAACACACGCAGAAGAGGAAGGUGCACAAGAGGCCAUUGCAGCCGACACUUCAGCAGCAGCAGCAGCAGCAGCUACUGCUGAAGGGGCUGCUGAAGAAGCUGGGGAGGAUGAGCAAGCUGCUGUAGAAGAAGGAGUCCACGAAGCGAACGAACCCGAAGGUGUGCGCGAGCAAAUUGCAACAACUGUUGGUGGGGUAGCCGGUGCCGCUGAGGGCAAUCAGCGGGCAACAGCACUUCGGUCUCAUCCUGUCAAAUCAACCGAACCCUCCACGGCGCAGAAUGGUUCCUCUGCUGAGGAUAGUGAAAACAAGCUGGACGGAAUGACCCCCAGUGAGUAUUUGGCGACCCACCAAGAUUCUAAGGACAUAGUCGAACAUAGCAGUGAGAUGAAACAGAACCGCUUAAAAACGCACCUGAAAAAGAUCGUUUCGCGGAGCCUACCAGAGGCUAAGUCCAGCGGGGUCAUGGCCGACGGUGACGAUGCGCAAGAAGCCACCGAAGCACCUGGGGAGGCCACCUAUACCCACGAAAUGCCUAGUUCUUCCCCGGACAGAGAAGCACUUCGUGAGAGUGCUAUCGAUCAAGGACUAGAGGCGCCUCCUGUGAUUGAGGAUACGAUCUCAAAACGCCUGAGCAAUGGUACUGGCCGCGAGUCGCGCUUUUCCGAGGACCUUUGAGGUUUGUAUUUCUGGAAUCUAUUCAACCACAAAUGCUUAUGAAUUUAUUGAUCUGGGUUGGGUAUGUGGCUUAACGGCGCUUGGAUGGAUUGGGGUAGUGUUCACUCGUUUAUAAUGGAGGUUUUGGAGGGUUUUGGGAGGCGUUUGAAGGCUCUGGUAUAUAUGGGAAACUGAUGCUGGGUUGUUUUAAUUUCUAAUAUUGUAGGUAUCUGUGUCGGUUGUUUACUGCCGUAGUCUUGCCUAGUACAUGGUGUAUGUCGAUUUGAAGUAAAU